UUCACCAAUUUUUGUAUUGAUUAGUCUUCAACCAAGAAAGAGAUAGAGAGAGUCAAAACACAUUUCCUUUUUAUCUCUUUGUAACAAUUUUUAUAAAACAAGUAAAAAAGAUCUCACUUAACUACCAUUUAAAUCCAGAAUAACAUUUUUUUUCUCUCUAUCUUCAAGUUUAUCUAUCUUACUUAUCCACCACUUUCACUACCAACAAACAACAACAACUUCAAACUCCCAACUCUUUCUCUCUCCUCUUCUUCUUCCUCUGUUCAUCACUUCAUAUUCCAGGAAGUUAAUUGAGUGAAAAUGUUGCUGAAAAUGGAAGAAUUUGAGUCAGAAAAAGUGAUCAAGGAUUUUGAGGAGUUAACCAAGAAUGCAGGAAAAGUACAGGAGGAAACACUGAAGAAGAUACUAGAAGAAAAUGCUGAAACAGAGUAUUUGCAACUAUUAGGUUUAAAUGGAAAAACAGACGUGGAAAGUUUUAAGCAAUGUGUUCCUCUUGCAACUCACAAAGAUUUAGAACCUUACAUUCAAAGAAUUAUGGAUGGAGAAACUAAUCCUAUCCUUACUGGCAAACCUGUCCCCACCAUUUCUUUAAGCUCAGGAACAACCCAAGGAAAGCAGAAGUUUGUACCAUUUAAUGAUGAACUCUUUCAGAACACUAUGCAAAUCUACCUUACCUCAUUUGCGUACAGAAACAGAGACUAUCCAAUCCAAAAUGGAAAAGCCUUAGCUUUCAUCUAUAGUAGCAAACAGUUCACAACCAAAGGAGGUAUACCUGCAGGAACUGCAACUACUAAUGUUUUCCGGCACCCUGAAUAUAGACAGCUUAUGAAGGGAAUACAGUCCCAAUGUUGCAGUCCUGAUGAAGUGGUUUUUGGAUCAGAUUUUCAUGAAUCCUUAUACUGUCAUCUUCUCUGCGGUUUGUUAUACUACAAUGAGGUUCAGUUCAUUUCCUCAACCUUUGCUCAUAGCCUUGUACAAGCAUUUCAAACAUUCGAACUAAUAUGGGAAGAUCUUUGCUCUGAUAUCCGAGAUGGAAUCUUGAAUGAAAGAAUCACUGAUCUACCAACUCGAGCUGCAAUGUCUAAACUCCUUAAGCCUAACCCGGAGUUAGCUGACCUGAUUUACAAAAAAUGCUCAAGUUUGAGUAAAUGGUAUGGUCUAAUUCCUGAGCUUUUCCCGAAUGCUAAGUAUGUUUAUGGGAUAAUGACGGGUUCCAUGGAGCCUUACGUGAAACAAUUAAGGCGAUAUGCUGGUUGGUUGCCUUUGGUUUGUGCUGAUUAUGGAGCGUCAGAAGGGUGGGUUGCAGCCAAUGUUAAUCCAAGAUCACCCCCUGAAUCCGCUACUUUUGCUGUUCUUCCCAACAUUGGCUACUUUGAGUUCAUUCCUUUGAAGGAGUCUAGGACCAGUGAACCUAAAUCUAUUGGCUUGUCUGAGGUUGAAGUUGGCCAAGAGUAUGAAAUUAUUCUCACCAACUUUGCAGGUUUAUAUCGCUAUAGGCUAGGAGAUGCUGUCAAGGUAAUGGGGUUCUAUAACUCUACUCCAGAGCUAAAAUUUCUAUGCCGUCAAAACCUUUUGCUGAGCAUCAACAUAGACAAGAACACUGAGAAAGAUUUACAGCUCGCGGUGGAAGAAGCGAGCAAGCUAUUGGUAGCAGAGAAGGUAGACCUUAUUGAUUUCACUAGCCAUGUAGAUGUAUCCAAAGAAAAAGGUCAUUAUGUGAUUUUCUGGGAGCUAAGUGGUGACGCUGAUGAGAAUGUUCUAAAAGAGUGUUGCAACUGCUUGGACCGAGCUUUCGUUGAUGCCGGUUAUGUAAGCUCGCGUAAGGUAAAUUCAAUCGGACCACUUGAGCUCCGGAUAUUGAAGAAGGGAACCUUCUAUAAGAUAUUACUUCAUAGUUUGAGCAUGGGAAAUACUCUUAACCAGUUUAAGACACCAAGAUGUGUUGGGUCUAGUAAUAAGUCUGUCUUGCAAAUUGUGUGUAAUAAUGUUGUUAAAACUUACUUCAGUACUGCUUAUUAGUGAAUUAGAUGAGUGUGUAUGUUAGUAUGUUAUUACUGGUAAAAACUUGAUGUAUGCUCAAUGAGAAAGGGGCAGUUUAACUAUUGACAUGUCGCUUCCUACUACUUGUAUCCUUUAUUUUUCUCAUUAUGAGAUUGAAAAUAAAAUGUGCAAAUUCUGAUUUUAAA